GCUGAGCACAGUUUGCUCUCUGGCAGCAAACCAAACAGCAGGAGAUGUGCACACAGACCGCAGGCUGAGCAGAUAACACUGACGUCUUUAUCUUUCACUUCGACAGCACGACAGCAACUUCUCCUUUUUUCUCUUAAACUUUUUUGCACUUUUUGCAAUGUCACUUGACGAUUUGCUUGGACUGUACGAUGACAAAACGACACCUUGAACCACAUUUUUACAGGUUUUUGCAUCUGCAGGACCCAAGACUCAGAUAAAAGCGACUUUCAGAGACAUUUAUGGAUAUACAGUGUACUGUAUGUCCUCUCAACAUUUUUAUUUCUAAUACUAUGUCUGCUAAAUAGUUCCUUUUAAAGCUUAGUUUUCAUUCCAGCGUCGAAUAUUGCGUAUUGCUCAGUUUUGCAGCAUCCACUACAGUAUUCUGCCUCUCAGUGGCCAAACCCACCUUCAUGCGAGUCCCAUAAUUGGAGACAUCACCGUGCCAUCCCACUCAGCGCGCGUCCUCGCCCGGAGCAGUAAUGCAGCACGAGCGCCUGCUCAAAGUCCUGGUCAUCGGAGAUCUAGGAGUCGGUAAAACGUCCAUCAUAAAGCGCUACGUGCACCAGGUGUUCUCCCAGCAUUACCGCGCCACCAUCGGGGUGGACUUCGCCCUGAAGGUGCUGACCUGGGACCAGGGGACGGUGCUUCGGCUGCAGCUGUGGGACAUCGCUGGGCAGGAACGCUAUGGCAACAUGACCCGGGUGUACUACAGGGAGGCGGUCGGGGCCCUCGUCGUUUUCGACAUGACCCGACUGUCCACGUUUCAGGCCGUCCUCAAGUGGAAAGGAGACCUGGACUCAAAGGUCGCCCUGACCAACGGAACGCCGGUUCCUGUCGUCCUAUUGGCCAACAAGUCGGACCAGAGGAGUCAGGGUCUGUGCCCCAAGCUGCCCAAAAUGGAGAAGUUCUCCAGAGAGUACGGCUUCGUCGGCUGGUACGAAACCUCCGCCAAGGACAACACCAACAUUGACGCCGCUGUCACUUGUUUGGUGAAGAGCAUCAUGAAAGCAGAGGAUGAGAAAGCCUCGGCGGGGAAAACUGAACCUGAAGGCAGCGUCCUGGUUCUGCCACACUUCGACUACAACGCCAAGGAGAAGAAACUCAGCGGCUGUUCGGGAUGCUCCUCGAUCAACACCAGAGACAACGACUGAAGGAGGGACUUUCUGGAGCAAGAGACUGAAUGUUAUUGUGUUGAAGGGUUAUUAUGUUACAAAGAUACAUCCACUCUCUCCCGUUGUCCUCACAAAGCACUUCUUCAGAGAGGAAACAGUUAAGCAGUUUGGGACAUUUCAGAAAAAUCAAUUACAAGAUAAUGUUAUUAUUCUAUUUUCAUAACAGAAAUGGAGACAGAUAUUUGUUCCACUGUUGAGAAACCCUUUGUUUUUAAAAUGAUACACAAAUGUACUUGUAAACAGGGCCGUCCCUCCCUACAGGCCGAUCAUGCAGACUGCGUGGGGCCUCACCUUGCGGAGGGUGCCUCAUCUUGCGGAGGGUGCCUCAACUGAGCCGAAAAUGCGGCGCACCUAUGCGCUUAAGCGGCGCAAUGAGUGUGGCGCGGCACGGUUUCGCCGCUGCGAGGCUCCACUAGCAAAACAGAGGGCCUCAUCUUAUAACUUUGCCUGGGGCCUCAUGUUGGCCUGCUUGUAAACAUGGUGUUUAUAAAGAUAUUUUAAUAUUUGUAUAUAGCACAGCAACAUCUUUAAUGAUUGAGACUGAUGGAUUUGUUAUAUAAUCACAUGUAUGAAUCAGUCCUUUUCUUCACAUGUUUAACAGAUAAAAAAAUACAUGUAAUGCCAUUUUACAUUCAUAAAAAGCACUUUUAAUUCGUCA